UUCAAUCCAUUGAAUCGGACAUAGAAGCAAUUGAAUAUGGCGAGGCUAGUACUAUGUACACAGUUGUUGAUGUUGGUAACAAACAUGCAAGGAAAGUGAAGAUGGAGAGGGAUGGCUCUUUGGGUUGUAAUUGUACAAAGUUUGAAAGGGAAGGAAUCUUGUGUUGUCACUCAUUGAAGGUCAUUAGAGACAUAUUGAAGAUGAAAGAGGUUCCUCCACAAUACAUUCUAAAGAGGUGGACCAAACAAGCAAGAGCCGAAACUGUGCAGCACAUUAAGGAAAAUGACAUUGAAGUAGAUGUGAAAUUCCAACAAGCCUCGCGGUAUAAGACAUUGAUGACCGCGUUUAGAGCAGUAGCAAGUAGAGCUGCUGAAACUGAAGAAACUUAUGAUUUUUGUAUUGCACACCUUGCUACAUUAGGUGCAGAUUUUGAAGGCAAGUUAAGUGCUCAUUUUGGUGUUGGAAAUGAAGUACGUAAUGAUGAUGGCACCCAAAGCUUUGAAGUGGAAUGCGAAGAUGUGAAUCAUGUUGUGCAACCAAAAGGAUUGAAGAAAAAUGUGGCAACUAGUAAGGGCAAAAGGAGGGUCAAAGGUGGAUUCGAAGCGGCGUUGGUAGCGAACUCCAAAAAAAAAUCCCGUGCUAACAUCUUGGCUUCGUCACAAUCUAUUGCAAGUUCAACGGUUGCACCUUCUCCAUUAUCUGUUGGAGGAGAUAUAUAUGUUCGUGAACAAGUUCCUCCAUUUUAACCUCUUCCUCCCCUUCAUCCUCUUCCUCGAUCUUUGCCCAUGGGUGGUAAUUACAUUCCUCCGCCGUUGACGUAUCCCACAUAUCAUGCGAACAAUUUGCGGGAGAUGUAUGUGGUGCCAAAUUAUUUGCCAACUUCAAUGGCUCAACGACAUUCUGCUCAACCAACAUUCCAGUCACUACUACAAGGUUCAUGUGGAUAUGACAUUGGGUUUCGAUAUUCUCAAGAAUCAACUACUCCAAUGUGUAGUCAGGCUAUGGACAACCAUGAACAGAACGAAACUGAUGCUGAAAUUGGGCUGCAACGUGAAGUCAUGGCCUCUAAAAUUGUGAAGCAAACUGCUGCUGGAAAGUGA